UUAAAUAAAUGUCGUUGAUGACUUAGUUCCAUUUGACUGGAUUAAAUCCACCCCAUUUGUAUUGUUUAACCUCACAUUAGGAAGCCUUGCGUGAGGUGGAGGGUGUGGCAGUGAGUCUGGAGCAGAGCAGGAAGAAAGAGCGAGCUCUGGAAGAGGAGGGGAGGAGACUGGCAGAGGAGCAAGCCGACACCCUUCGUCUACUCAAAGAACUGCAGCAGGAACAAAAAGCUGCCCCAGCACCCGUUAUACAACCUGUCCAGUUUUGCCCCGUUGGACAGAGUUUCUCCUCUCAACCUUCUUACUCUCGAACACCACCUAUCAUCAGGAGGCCCACUGCUGCCACCGUAGCUGAGCAGAAGAGCAAAGAAGAAGUGGGUAAGAGAGGGGCAGAGAUUGCAGCGUCUUACCCCUCUGACAGAGAGCCCGGAGAAGGCAUUGACUCAGAACACAUUACUGUCCUUGUCCCCCCAGUCUCUGAGUGUGUGCAAAAGGGAGGACACAGAAGAAACAGUAACAAGGAGAAGAACAACAGUAGAAAUGAGGCAAUAGAGAGUGACACCUCUGGCACAAACAAACACUCCACAUUUGAUCAUGUACUCUCUAGUUCCUCUCACCCUACUUCUGGUACACCCACCAACACCUUUAUGGAUGGUGAUCAUUGCAGUUUGAUGCUUUCUGCUGAAAAGACACCUUCUCUCCAGGUAGAGCAGGACAAGGCCUUUAAAGAACUCAAGACAGAGAACGCCACACUGCGUUCAGAGCUGCGUGAUGCACGUGAAGAACUACAGAAACGACUUGAGGACCUGGAAGCCCAACGACGGGCCGAGGCAGAAGCCAGGACCCGGCUCAAACAGCUCAGCCGGAAACAUGCCAGCCGGUCUGUGGAGAAGGAGGAGCAGGACAAGGAAUGGAAGGCACAGCUGGAGACUGAGAAGGCUGAGACAGAGAGGUUGAGGAAGGCUGUGGCCGAUUUGGAGUCAGAGAUUAAGAGAGGAAGGGAGGAAAGAGAAAAUAAUGAGAGAGAGGAGCAGGAGGAGGACAAAAACAAGGCACUAGAAGACCGGGAGAGUGAAAUGAUAGAGCUAAAUAUCCAGCUAAAGAAACAGCUAGCGGAGGUAAAGGCCCAGCUGGCUUUAGAACGAGAAGAGAGAAAGAGAGAGGAAGAGGAGAAGAACCGAAUAACAAACACAGAGAUCGAUGUGAAGAAGGAGCUGAACACAAAACUAGAAGAACUUCAAGCUGAAUUGGAAGAACUAAAGCGCAGUAGAAAAGAAGACUCGCUGGAAGAAGACAAACUCUCAGUUGCCAACAGCCCGCUAACAUACCUGACUCUCCAUGAUGAUGAGUUCAACUCCAACGUGGUUUGCUGCAACAACAAGCCCAUCCCUUCGCCAGAGCAGCACCUCCUCUUCUGCCAGUCCACCAACCAACGCAACAUGCUUGUAUUUCAGGCAACAGAAGAGCGAACUGUGAUAGAUCCUGAACGCUUACCUCCAUCAGAUGAGGGGCAAGCGGGUCGUGUGGCCUCUGAGCUCGAAGACAACAGACAAAACUAUAUGGUUGGGUGUUCCCUCUCAGACCACAAACAGGUACUGUCUGAGGUCCAGAAGGAUGAGCCGGCCUUCUCAAAUUUGGCUAAAGAGGUAGAACGCCUGCAGAAGGAGAAUGCAAAGGAGACAGAACGUGCUAACCAGUAUCAGGUUAAACUGGAGGCCCUACAGAGUCAGGUGACACGUCAGACCCAGCAGCUAACCAUGGCCUUUGAGAACCAGAGUCAGCACAUCGCUGGCCUUCUAGCUGAGCUGCAAGAGAAAGAAAGUGCCCUCCUCAGCCAGGGAGAGGAACUGCAGCGCUACAAGCAAGAGCUGGAUGCACUCAAGGCCCAAAAAGAGGGAGAGGAGAUGACAGGUACUGAGGGACAGGAUGGAGAACAAAAAGAAGAGGCACAAGAUGAGAGGUCAGUGGAGAUCUCAGGGCUUCAACUAAACCAGGAAAAGGAGUGUGCUGUCUCAUUUCUCACUAAAGAUUCACUGGCUGACCGUGGCUGUAAUGCUGAGAGAGAUGCAGGUGAACCAGAGAUCGUGAUAUUUGAUGCUGAAAGACCAACAGUUAUUAGUGACAACGAUGCACUGUGGUUAGGGGAACAGCAUUCAGGUUCUGUACACUCAGACAAGACUCGGAGUAACCAUGACUCUGCUUGUGUCAUGGGAGAGACUGAGUAUGGUCAAAGUGGAGGAACAGCAGACCUGGUUGCAGAACUGCACGCUCUCCGACAGGAGAAUCAGCUGCUGAAACAAAAAAUGUUGAACUUGACUGACUCGGACACCAGCCCUCCAGUGUUACACACCGACAGUGAACACCAAGGUGGCCCAGGCAAGCAAAGCCGUAAGACAGGAAGUGCUGCUCUGUCCUGCUUGGUGGAGCAGAGAUCACCUAUUGUGCGCAAUGACAUCCCUGCUGAUGCACAACAGUCACCACCGCAGAAUGUGAAAACGAGUGAAGAUGAAGAUUUAGAAAGGGAAGACAGGAGGACUACAAGGACUGAAGAAGAGCUGGAUCUGGAGGCAGCGUGUCAGCUUCAGAUCGACCGCCUACAGCAACAGGUGAUGGAGCUGCAGAUGCAGCUACGGGCUCUCUCUAAGGAGACAGAGCAGCAGGCCAAUGAGCUUGCGAUGUGGAGACUGGCCUCCCAACCAGCCCCAACAUUUGACCUUCCUCACACAGACAACCAGUCUGAGACCCAGAACCAGAGCUCUGCUGUUAGACGGUCUCUGUCAAACCAGCAGCAGACUGAUGAGACACAGAAACCGGCUCUGGCUCUGACUGUCCAGGCCCAGAUUCAGGCGCCUGACCUCAGUGUUGAGGAGAGCACUGGUAAUGUGACCAUCGUCAGAGAAGAUGAGUUACUCCUCUCCUCCUCCUCCAGCAAACUGCAGGGCCGCAUGUUGUUCUCCAGACUGCAGCACAGAAACCUUCCUGAACCUAAGAGUCUUAAUCCGUCUAAAAAGACUGCAGCGCUUCAAGAAUACAGCUGGGACACUUCCGAGAUUGACAUGGACUCUGAAAAAGAAAACCAGGAGAUCAACCUCUUUCAUGAGUCAAAUACCUGUCAAACACAACACAAAGAGAAGAGAGACACUGAAGUUCUCCAGAUGUCAUCUGAGAAAACAGGUCAACAACAGAUCACCAAAGAUUCCCAAAAAGUCUCAGGACAUAAGCAGACCAAAAGAGGCGAGUGUCACAUGGUGAAUCCUGAGGCCAAACCAGAUGAUUCCAGAGCAACCAAUGAAAUAAACACAACCAGUGAUUCCUCAGAUAAUGAUGUCAGGACAGAAAUGAAAUGUGUCAGCAGUCAAACAGAGGAGUGUUUGUUUACUCACAGUGCUCCAACAGCAUCUGAACUCCACUGUGCGUACACACAGACCGAGGAGCAUGCCUCUGGAAAGGAACUUCCUGUUUAUGGCCAGCUGUGCCCUGUGUAUCCUGACCGAGAGCCCAACCAGAUCCUGGCCUCUGAGCUCUGA